GCAGACAGAGGCGCUCUAGGCGCACACAUACACACACAGAGACAGACAGCCUGCUGCUGGGUUCAUCCCACGUGCACAUCACAUUAAACAACAAGAGAAGCCGCAAGCGAGGGGAACAAACAUGAAACUUGAAGUUUUUUCUGCGCUCCACUUCGCUCAGAAGCCACUGGAGUUGUGCGUGGACGUAGACGCGGGGAUCUCCUCUCCCCUGUCAGGAGAUGAGCUGGGGUCGGACGGGGACUGCGUGGCCAACAGUCCGCCACCCGUGACCCCGGGCGGCGACCUAAGUAAGGGGAAGCCUUACACCCGCAGACCGAAGCCUCCUUACUCCUACAUCGCCCUCAUCGCCAUGGCCAUCCGGGAGUCCGGCAGCGGCCGUCUCACCCUGGCGGAGAUCAACGACUACCUGAUGAAAAAGUUCCCCUUCUUCCGCGGCACUUACACCGGCUGGAGAAACUCGGUGCGCCACAACCUGUCGCUCAACGACUGCUUCCUCAAAGUGCUGCGGGACCCAUCUAGACCUUGGGGCAAGGACAACUACUGGAUGCUCAACCCCCACAGUGAGUACACCUUCGCCGAUGGAGUCUUCCGCCGCAGGAGGAAGCGCAUCACCAAGAAGUCCCCGAAGGACCAGGAGGUCCCGGACGUCACAGGAGAGGACACCCAUCUCCCUGCUCCAGAGGAGAGGGUGGGGGUCAAGUUCUCCAGUUCUUUCGCCAUCGACAGCAUCCUCGGCAAGCCCUUCAAACGCAGGGAUGACGACUACCUGCACGUACAAGCACACGGGCUGUUCUGGCCUUACACUAUGAACUAUCCAGUACAUCAUCCCAUGAGCUACCUGCCCGAACCUGAAGGGGAUGCACUCACGUACCUCCAUCACAAAGCCCCGGCAACGACGGCCCCCCACGCUCUCAUGACGCCCCCCAAAGUGGGAAGCUUUCAUAUAGACUCCCUGCUCUCAUAAGGACACUCAUAUUUGACCGAAAUAUGCACUUUUGCAUGAGCGUGCUAAAUUGUCAAUGUUUUUUUGUUUUUUUUGAGACAAUCACGUUGAUACUACUGUAUCUUAUUCAGCACUGGGGAAAAGUGCAUUGCCAUUGUAGAUUAUAGGUUAUCCCCGGGCAUUUCACUGACGUGCGUCUAUGCGUGCGCGCGUGUUUGUUUCUUUUUAUGGUGCAUUUGUUCUCUCUGCUGCAUAUGUGACGGUGACUAAGGGCCGCUGUAUGCAAUACAUGUAUUUAUAUGUUCAUAGCUUGUACGAACUACUGUUGUAAGAUAAUGUUGUGUACAUCCAUUAAAGAAAUGACUGAGCUGCAGGGGAAUCACGUAGCCGCACUAGAAUCUCGUGGAAGCCCAGGUGUUUUCUAUGUUGAUAACUAAUGCAUGUCUGUUAUUUUUAUGAA